AUGACGUGGCUCGAGGAUUACGCGUGGGAGGCGAUGAGCCCGUCUGAUAAACAGGCGGCGGACGAUAAGCGCAGGGAGAAUCGUCUCCACGUGGGCAGCCACCCAGACAUAUUACUGGAGUACACCAACCACGAAAAUUUCGUUGAGAAUGCGCGAUACGUCAUCAAUAACAUCAAAGAUGCUAUUGAGGCCGGCAUCCAACAGGUGGCUGUGCACACAGUGUGCAAGAUGAACAGACAUAGAUCUGUUGCAGGCGGUAUCCUACUUUUCGAUAUAAUUCGACGCCUCACGGAUAUCUCCAUUAGCCUGACUCAUAUGAACGCAGCGUACUCAUGGCCCUUCAUGGGCAAGCAUUCCUGCAAGGGGCAGUGUAUGCACUGCCAGCAUAAAACUGCUGACAUAGUCAGUCAUGUUGCUCACAUAUGUGAUGCGUUUGCCCGGAAGGUAUUCGACGACGGCACAGUCCGUGAGAACGCCACAUUGGUGGUGGAGCCUUCCACAGCCCGCCCUAGAGGGGCGAGAACCUACUCAGAGAUUUUCAAUGAUCAGCAGAUCGCAGCCGGAAACGUGCAGACCCCUAUACAGGGAGUUUCGUUGCUUGAUCAGCCUCCGAGACUCGGAGAGACCGCCACGCAGGCCGCCACGCGCAUGGGCCUGGCAGGCAAGACCCACACACAGUAUGUGGCGAAAUACAAUCCUGACAGCCUAACCGGUGCUAUGAACCGCACCGUGAACGAGCCAAAAGGGUAUCCGAUACCUUCUGCCGUUUAUGUCAAAGACCUGACGGAUGCCAACCAUAUGUUGGAGUCGCAGAAUGCUGACUUACGCGAUCAGCUGCAUGAGACUCGUAGACAGCGUAACGAGGCCUGGGAAGAACUCGACGAAGAGCGUCGAAGGGCAGACGAGGAGCGUCGGAGAGCCGAGCGCGCCGAAGCCCGCAUCAUACAGAUGCGAGAUGAACGCUCUUCGAGAAGGCGGAGACGCAGCUCCUCUUCCGACCGCGACAGACACAG